CUUGACUCAAAUCGUUCGCCCCUUCAUUCAUAAACCUACUCCAUCUCCUGUAAAACCCUUGUUUUCUUCUUCCAUUAAAACACGGUUGGCGUUUCUAAAGAGAGAAAAGAUGAGAGACAUGAAAGAGUUACAAGUAUCGUUAAAUCAAACACAGAAAGUCAGAUUACAAACAGCUAUUCAACAGCUUGAGAAAUUAACAGCAAGACUUAGUAAUUCAGCUGAUGCUUCUGUAACUGUUGCUGAAACUAUCCCUGGUAACCAUGAAGAAGGUGUUCUCAAGGGUCAUGGAACAUCUGAGGUUGAUGGAGAAAUAGUAGCAACUCUAUGUGGAAUUGUAGAGAAAGUUAACAAGCUUGUUUAUGUUCGUACUUUAAGAGCUAGAUACAAGCCAGAGACUGGAGAUAUAAUUGUUGGUCGCGUCAUUGAGGUUGCUCCGAAGCGUUGGAGACUAGAAAUUAAUUUUAGUCAAGAUGCAGUCUUAAUGCUUUCAUCGAUGAAUUUGCCUGAUGGUAUCCAGAGAAGGAGAACAGCUACUGAUGAACUCAAUAUGCGUUCCAUUUUUGAGGAAAAUGAUGUCAUCUGUGCUGAAGUUCGUGGUUUCCAGCAUGAUGGGACUUUGCACCUUCAAGCAAGGAGUCAGAAGUAUGGAAAGCUUGAGAAAGGUCAAUUGCUUAGUGUGUCCUCUUAUCUGGUGAAGAGACGAAAACAGCAUUUCCACCACCUUCAAGACUAUGGCAUCGACUUGAUUCUAGGAUGCAAUGGAUUCAUCUGGGUUGGUGAACAUGUUGAAGUAAGAGACGACAUGAUAACUGAUGAUCAAGAGAAUAAACCAGAGUUGAGCAAACCAAAUUUCAAAUCAAUGAGUCUUGAAGAACAAGAACAAACUUACACUCCUCUAGAGACAAGGGAGAACAUUUGUCGGAUUGCUAAUGCAAUUCGGGUUUUAACUAGUCUGGGAAUCACUCUCACUGUCGACGUUAUCGUUGCGACAGUAGAAAUGAGUAAAGCACUGUAUUUUGAUACCCAUGAAAUGGUUGGAGCAGAGUUUUAUGUCCAAGUUGCAGAGAAGGAGGUCGAAAGAAGAUCAUCGGCAAAAAAAAAGUGACCAUCUUUUGAUUACAUGUCUUAGAGCUUUGUUGUUAAUUUGGAAGUAAUUUGCUGGAUCCUAUAUAAGAUUUUUUUUAGAACUUAGAAAAAUGGGUUUUGUUCAUCUGUUGAGGGUGGAGAAGAUAUCUUUUGUACACUUGUGUUCUGUUCACAAUUCCUAUAUUUUUGAAAUUAUUUCUUUUCAAGAAUUAA